CACAGCUGUUGUUUGUUUACACCACAGUUACUGGCUGUUGUUGAUGUGUUGCAGUGUAUUAGUGUUAGCAAGUUACACUCGUGGUCGAUGUAAGUUGUGAAGUCAUGGCUUCUAGGGAAACAAGGACAUCAAUCAGAUCCAAGAAAGAUAUUUGUGAUUAUCCAAACUUGAAGGCUGUUCUUCCCCCGAGCUACGACUACUAUGUUGAAAGUUACGAAGAGUGUGCGGACCAUGAGAGCGAGAAACGUUUUAAUGCUAGAUUUCGCAUUGCACAAUCUGAGGCCACGAGAGACACCAUGAGGCAAUGGCUGGAGGAGUUUUGCAGCCACUCACUAACAACUUACAGGAUCGAGAGAACUUACCCGAGUGAAACUAAAUGGUUUAUAUAUCGGGUUGACCUAAGAUGUCACCAUAACACCAAGCCCUCGAGCCACAAGCGUGUCCGUACACCACACAAGAAGCACACGGCUUGCCCUGCCAAGAUGACCAUCAAGAUACGCCAGAAAAGACUGAGCAAGAGGAAGAGUCAUGAAGUUCACCUGAAGACCCAUCCUGUAGAAGUAGCUCUUCACCACCUUCACAACCAUCUCAUACAAAAGAAAGAUGCUCUCAGGUUCCGGGAUCCUGACUCGGCACUUGUAGAAAAAUUUCGGAAAAUGUAUCGAGCCGGGUACAAACCUGCCGCUGCUUUGGAAAUCCACAAACGUGAUUUACGCAUGGAAUAUGAGGAUGAUUAUCACAUGGCAUUAGAAGACAGAGGUUUAUGUCCAGACAUGAACUGGUGUUAUAGACAGUACUAUUUGAUGGAUAAGAAGCCUCUGACAGAUGAUGCUGCCAACAAGAUUUUGUCACUAGAAGAGUUUUUGGCUGAGUAUAAUAAGAAAUGCAAAGAGAAGUGUGCAGCCAUGAAGCUUGUCAGUGAUGACAGUAAUAACCUGGUGGUCGCUCUGGUCACCCCACUCAUGAAGCGUUGCCACACAGAAUUAACACAGAGUGGAAAACUUGUAUUUGUUGACACUGUUAAGGUAGAUUACCUGAGAUGUAAGGUGUACUUGUUGUUAACACACAGUGUUGCUGGUGGGUUACCUCUGGGGGUACUUGUGACAUCAACAGAUUGUUCAAGCAUAGUACUUCAGGGUCUUCACCUCUUUAUGAACCUGCUGUCAGAUGAGGGCUUUGGUGGACGUGGAGUGGCAGGACCGGCAGUCAUCAUGAUGCAGGAUGAUGAUGUGCAGUUUGAUGCCAUGGCAUUAGCAUUUCCUGGAGCUAGAUUAUUACUGUGCCCAUACCAUGUUGUCCAGACGGCCUGGGAAUGUUUAUGUAGUGGCCAGGAUGGUGUGGACUGUGGCAGUAGGCAGGAGUUGUUUGAAAUGGUCAAGCAAAUGGUAUUUGCUAAGAGUUUGAGUGAUUUAGAGGAAAAGUAUAGAAACCUUAUGACUUCACCUCCAGCACAAUACUCACUUAAGUUUUUCAAUCACAUGGAAGAGUUGUACUCGAGAAGAUAUGAAUGGGCUGUAUGUCUAAGAGAAGAUUUACCAAAUAAAACAGGAACUAUUGACAUUGUUAACGUCACAAUGGAAUCUCUAAAAGACAAGGUUCUUUGUCAAACAAAAGCUUGUACCAUGGUCCAACUUCUGGAAUUUUUGACUGAAGAUAUGGAAGAAUAUUAUGAGAAGAAGAUUACAUAUACUGCACAUGAUAAGUGUGAAGCAGCAUUCAUACAGCAACACCUGCAGGAUAAAAAGAUGACGGAUACCUUAGAAAUUGUCCCUUUCUUUCGUGUCAAAAAUAGUACAACUGGCGAGUGUUAUGAUGUUGACAUGAGUCUAGGUUUAUGUUCAUGUCCUGUAGGGGUGAUAGGGGAGCUUUGUAGACAUCAAUAUGCCUUAACCCAAAAACUUAACAUCAACUCACUCAUUAGGAAGCCUUUGUCAGACACAGCAAGUAAAAUAGAAUUAAAUAAAAUAUUUAGUGGUUUACAGUGCCCUAAUUUUAGCAGUAAAUAUGAAGAGAAACUGGAAGUGUGUAAUAAACCAAGUAGUGUUGGUGAUGCAGAGAUGGAGAUGAAAGAUGAGAGUCUCAGUGAGAGGAAGCAGGAGGCUGAAGAUGACCAACCAUGUGAAGUAAACAAUGAAGUUACAGAAGAACACAUAACUCUUGAAACAUUUUUGUGUCUUAUCUGCAGUAAAGUUUUCAGCUCACAAGCUCGUCUGGCCAGACACAGAUUAACACAUAACCACAAUAAACCCGUUGUGUGUGAUCUGUGUGGUUUAGGUUUCAACACAAAACUAGCCCACCAACACCACCUACAACACAAACACAAGAAGGAAAAACCGUACGAGUGUGAAGUUUGUGGGAAAAGUUUUGUUGGGAGCCAGACAUUACUUGACCAUGCCUUAAUACAUGAACAGACUCGAUCUUUUGCUUGUGAUAUUUGCGGUAAGUUAUUUAGAAGCCCAAAAUGUGUUGCCAGGCAUAAAAAAUGUCACAAGAUGGCCAAGAACCUAACCUGUUCUCAAUGCAACGAAUCAUUCCUAGUCAAAUCAGAUUUUGAGGCUCACAGUCAUAAAGUUGAAGAUAACAUAAAGAAAACAACCAUCGUAGAAGUCAGGGAUCCUCUCCAUUAUCCACAUCACCAACAAGAACAAGAAGUUAUCAUAAUAAAUGCUGAAGGUCCCCUGGUGGCCACAACUCUCCCAUCCAUCAGUGCAUCAACAGACAACAGUAGUAACUACCCAUAUCAGAUAACACUGGCCACCCCUGCUGCAGGAGAAGAUCCACUAGUACCUGUAGUGAACUCGGUGUUUGUGCCACAACCUUCACAAGAACAACAGAUGGAGACAGUGCAAUUGUACUCACAGGAAGAGACCGGGGUGACGGCAGCAGAUCAACAAGCAGUCUCGACCCAACAACACUUCCAAACGAGUUGGCACGCCUGGACCUGACCCUAGAGUUAGGAAAGGAAUGGCAGGUGCUGUAGCCAGAGCUUGGACAGGUUUAUGGUUGCUGGAGAACCUUGUGGCUUAUGGAAGAAUGGAUGGACAAAUGGCUACUACAGUAAAACGAUCUCAUAGGAACACUUGUACUACAUGAAAAUGAACUAGUGGCGAUACACACAAGGAGUCAAAUGAUAUGGAAUGACAACACUACAGAGAGGUGUUGGGUGAGGUGAAGACUAUUUUUGGUGCAGUUUAGGUUAUAUGACAAGUUUAAACAUGAUAAGUCGUUGAUAUUACAAUUUUAAUUUUAAUUACAAAUGAUUUUUCUAUAAGUUACUAUGGUCAAAUGAGAAAAAUAACCCAAAGGAAAAAUUAAAAAAUCAUAAUAAAUAAAUUAGAGCUGCAGUCUUUAUAUUUUGUUCUCAGUCAAUCAACAAGCAAGUUUACCAACUUGGGUCAUGUUUGGUGGUGCAUUUGAUGGUGGGUGAUCCCUCAUAGGUGGUGUAUACACAGUGAUAUUCAAUUACUGUACAGGAAAUGAAAAUGAAAACUGACAUAAUUAAGGCAUGCACCGUACUGCAUUACCAGAUCCAUUUUUUAAAUAACAAUGAUUCUCUGUACAGUGGUCCCUCGGUUAACGAAUUACCUUCCAUAAGAAUAUUCAAUUCGGUUAACGAAAAAAAAUUUGAUUAACGAAAUCCUUACGAACAUCACGUUUUGUUGUGAGCAUCAGCUAAUGGGCUAGUCGGCCAAUUCAGUUAUUUGUUCAAUGUUUACAUUCAUUUCCAAUGGGGUAAAUAUCAAUAUAGUUGUGCUGUUUAAUAUUUUAGCAUGUUUUAUAUGAAAAUUAUUAGUCAUUUUAACAUUUAUUUAACAUAUUGACAAUAUAUGCAGUACAAGGAACUAGUUUUUUGUGCGCCCAUCAGAUGCUCAAGUCAGCCACAAGGCGUCAGUUGGGG